CUUCUCUCCUCUUCUCUGUCUUGUGCUUGUCCCAGCGAGGAGUUGCCCUCCUUUUCUUCUCCUUUACAUACUCCGUGUGGCUGUCCAUCUUCGCCCUUCCGCGUCGUCUUCCCCGUGGAAUUCUAAUCCCUCCUGUCAUUUUAUCUGAAUCAGAGAGUACAGAGUUCUUUGCUGCAAUAAGCCAAGAUGUCGAGGAAGGGGUUAAUGGAGCAGGACCUGAGUAAGCUUGAUGUCACGAAAUUGCAUCCGCUCUCGCCGGAAGUAAUUUCCCGUCAAGCUACCAUCAACAUAGGUACAAUUGGACAUGUGGCACAUGGGAAAUCAACUGUUGUUAAAGCGAUAUCUGGUGUGCAGACUGUUCGCUUUAAAAAUGAACUGGAGCGUAAUAUCACGAUUAAGCUAGGAUAUGCUAAUGCAAAGAUAUACAAAUGUGAAGAUGAGCGCUGUCCUCGGCCAAUGUGCUACAAGGCUUAUGGAAGUGGGAAGGAAGACAGUCCUUUAUGUGAUGUUAUUGGAUUUGAGAAUUGUCGGAUGAAGCUGUUGAGGCAUGUUUCAUUUGUGGACUGUCCAGGUCAUGAUAUUCUUAUGGCUACAAUGCUUAAUGGGGCAGCCAUCAUGGAUGGAGCAUUGCUUUUAAUUGCAAGCAAUGAAAGCUGUCCUCAGCCUCAAACUUCAGAGCAUCUUGCUGCUAUUGAAAUUAUGAGACUCCAGCACAUUAUCAUUCUACAAAACAAAAUUGAUCUUGUCCAAGAGAGUGUCUCUAUGAACCAGUAUGAAGCCAUUCAGAAAUUUAUCCAGGGAACAGUUGCUGAUGGAGCACCUGUCGUGCCUAUAUCUGCACAGUUGAAGUACAAUAUUGAUGUGGUUUGUGAGUACAUUGUGAAAAAAAUUCCAAUUCCUCAGAGGGAUUUUGUUGCACCACCAAAUAUGAUUGUUAUCAGGUCAUUUGAUGUCAAUAAACCUGGAUCAGAAGUUGAUGAAAUAAAAGGAGGGGUUGCUGGUGGAAGUAUUCUGAGGGGAGUUUUGAAGGUGAACCAGUAUAUUGAAGUUCGUCCGGGGAUUGUUGCAAAGGAUGAAACUGGCAAUAUGAGAUGUACACCUAUAUACUCGAGAAUAGUUUCGUUGUUUGCUGAGCAGAACGAGCUGCAAUUUGCUGUUCCAGGUGGACUUAUUGGAGUUGGUACAACAAUGGACCCUACUCUCACUCGUGCUGAUAGGUUGGUUGGUCAGGUCCUUGGGGAGGUUGGCUCGCUUCCUGAAGUCUAUGUAGAGCUUGAGGUAAACUUCUUCCUUCUCCGGCGUCUGCUAGGGGUCAGGACAAAGGGCUCCGAGAAGCAAGGAAAAGUAGCAAAACUGACCAAGGGCGAGAUGCUGAUGCUCAACAUUGGCUCCAUGUCAACUGGAGCUCGUGUAAUUGCAGUGAAGAAUGAUCUUGCCAAGCUACAGCUUACAGCACCAGUCUGCACAAGCAAAGGAGAGAAGAUGGCCCUGAGUAGGCGUGUGGAGAAGCACUGGCGACUCAUCGGAUGGGGUCAAAUCCAGGCAGGACUCACGCUCGACAUCCCGCCCUGCCCCCUCUGAAGAUUGAAGAAAACCGGGAAAGUUUCAUUUGUUUAUUUGCAGAGAAAGAGUAAAGAUGUGGGCUGGCAGAGAGCUGCUAGGAACAAUUUUUGUGAGAUGGAGAAGAAAACCUGGGCUUAAUUUUUAUUACUACAUUUCAUGUUUGCGUGAAAGCUUUGACUUUGUCGGUGCCAGUUGAGAUUUGGUGUAUUCCAUUAUAUUGAUUUUUGAGUAAUAUCUGAGGACUGGUGUACUAAUAUUUUUGUA